UGCCUGAGGAGAUGGCUACUUAUUGCACGUUCCUUAAGAUCGCAGCAAGAGUUGGUCGUUUUUGUGGGUCAGAGCAGAAUCGGAGCCGCGGGAUUAGUUACAGCCCAGCUCUGUGUCCCCGCCAGGGUUCUAUGUGGAUUUCAGUCUGAAAACUGAGUGAGGAAAAGGGGAGCAUAUAAAGCACUUUGCAUACCAUUUAGCUAGUGAUAAAAUUAAUUGCAGAUGCGCUGAUUGUCAUCACUGCUAUUGUACAAAAUACUGCAUUUCAACACAAGCAAUUUCUCUGCUACGAGGUUUGCAAGAAAGCUCCUCCACAUAGCACAGAGUCAGUGAGGUUUUUUGUUGUUGCUGUCUUGCAUUUUAAAAAAGAAAAACCUCACCUGUAAGCAAUAAGCGGCUUUGGAUUUUGUUUACCAGAAACUUGAAAGCAUUGCCCGGUGCCCUGAAAUAAGAUCUGAGGUCAGGAAAGCUUUAUUGCUUUUGUUACUAUAAGUGUCUGCCAGGGAUCGCUCCGCACUGACCUCGCUUGAAUUUUGCUGAAGAACGCCUUACGCUUUUCUCUUACAGAUUGCCAAAAAAUUCCAUGUUGAUCUCAGCACUGUGGAAGAGAUGAGAGUACUGCUAUAUAGGCAAAGCUACAGGCACCAGCAGAUUAGUUUUCCACUUACCUAAGCUGCAUUCCUUGAUUAUAUUCAUUUGUAAGGCAGCAGAGUGUAGGGCCACUGCACUUAGCUGUUAUGUUAUGAACUGACAGACUUCUUACUGUUAGGAGUUGGGUUUUAACCCAGAAGCUGGUUAUAAUUGUUUGCUUGGUCUUGCAUACACUUACUGAGAAGGUAGCAUGCCAGAUCUUUGGCCAGAGGCCAGCUAUGCAUACAGAUUUAAACUCACUAUGAGUUAGAACUGUAGCACCGAGAAGUAUGGACCUUCUGCCUGCCCUGUAGUCACAUUUGAGACAUAGCUACAAAGUUAAAGCUGACCUUCUGUACGAUAAGGGUGCUUGGUCUGCAGCCCACGCUACUUUUAUCUGAGUUAAAACUAAUGUUUUUCUUCCAGCAGCCAUAGUAGCUGAGUUUUAUGAAGCUUACUGAUAGCUUAAUACAGGUGACGUUGAAGAGGCUUCCCCUCAUACCUCUCCUCUUUUUGAGGAAAGAAAAAAACACAUUUUAACAAAAAUAAGCGCAUGGUUAUAAACGUUCAUGGUAUAGAUGAGUAAGAACUUGUGGAGAUGGCUGAAGAUGAACAGAAAUAAGAAACAUCAGCUGCUGGAUGUGGAUUUCCUGGAGUACUUCCCAUACAGUGGUUCAUUAACCAAGUUGGCUUAUUAUUCAACUGUGCAGCACAAAGUGGCAAGAGUGAGAUCCUUUGAUCAUUCUGGAAAGGACAUAGAAAAUGAACCUUUGUAUGAAAUAUCAGUUCAGGAGGAGAUUACAGCUCGACUUCACUUCAUCAAGUUUGAGAACAAUUAUAUCGAAACUUGUCUAGAUUUCAUCAAAGACCAUCUUGUCAAUACAGAGACUAAAGUCAUCAAAGCUACAGGUGGUGGUGCCUAUAAAUUUAAAGAUCUUAUUGAGAAGAAGUUGGGAUUGAAAGUAGAUAAAGAAGAUGUAAUGACCUGCCUAAUUAAAGGAUGUAACUUUCUGCUGAGGAACAUACCCCAUGAGGUGUUCGCGUACCAGAAAGAUUCAGAUACAGAGUUCCGAUUUCAGACAAAUCACCCAAAUAUUUUCCCAUACUUACUGGUGAAUAUUGGCUCUGGGGUUUCAAUUGUGAAGGUAGAAUCAGAAGACAAAUUUGAAUGGAUAGGAGGGAGCUCAAUCGGAGGUGGAACCUUCUGGGGUCUUGGAGCACUACUCACUAAAACAAAGAAAUUUGAUGAAUUGCUGCAACUCGCUUCCAAGGGACAGCACACAAACGUAGACAUGCUGGUGAAAGAUGUGUAUGGAGGUGCCUGCCAGACCCUGGGGCUGAGUGGAAACCUGAUAGCUAGCAGCUUCGGGAAAUCUACUACAGCAGAUAAAGAGUUUUCCAAAGAAGAUAUGGCAAAAAGUUUACUGCACAUGAUCAGCAACGACAUUGGUCAACUUGCCUGCCUCUAUGCCAAGCUCCAUAACUUAGAUAAAAUAUAUUUUGGAGGAUUCUUUAUUCGAGGUCACCCUGUUACCAUGCGCACAAUAACCUUCAGUAUCAACUUCUUCUCAAAGGGAGAGGUUCAGGCAUUGUUCCUGAGACAUGAAGGCUACCUGGGAGCCAUUGGGGCAUUUUUAAAAGGAGCUGAACAAGACAAUCCGAAUCAGUAUAGCUGGGGAGAGAAUUAUGCUGGGAGUUCUGGUCUUAUGAGCACAUCGCCUGAUGUUUACCCCAUGCAGAGGACCCGGAGUGGUACAUUUGACAUGUUUGAAAUGGAUAGGUUGGAGAGACCGCUGGUUAACCUGCCACUGCUGAAGGACCCAUCCACCUAUAUUCCAGACACUGUUGACCUCACAGAUGAUGCCAUGGCCAGAAAAUACUGGCUUACUUGUUUUGAGGAGGCACUGGAUGGGGUGGCAAAGCGUGCUGCAGCCAGUCAGCCAGAUUCUGCUGAUGCACCUGAGAGAGCUGAAAAGUUCCGACGGAAGUACUGGAACAAGCUCCAGACGCUCAGACAGCAGCCUUUUGCAUAUGGUACCUUAACAGUUAGAAGUCUUUUGGAUACAAGGGAACACUGUUUAAACGAGUUCAAUUUUCCGGAUCCUUAUUCGAAGGUAAAGCAGAAAGAAAAUGGCAUAGCCUUAAAACGUUUUCAAAGCGUAAUCGAAUCUUUGGAUUCAUUAGGCUGGGAGGAGAGGCAGUUUGCUCUGGUGAAAGGACUUCUUGCGGGGAAUGUCUUUGACUGGGGAGCAAAAGCAGUCUCAGAUGUUCUGGAAUGUGAGCCACAAUUUGGAUUUGAAGAAGCCAAGUCAAAACUGCAAGAACGUCCUUGGUUAGAAGAUUCCUACAGUCAGUGGCUAGAGCGACUGAAGGAGGGUCCCCCUCAUAAAUGUGCCUUAAUUUUCGCAGAUAACAGUGGAAUAGACAUAAUUCUAGGCGUCUUUCCUUUUGUUAGAGAGCUUCUUUCUAGAGGAACAGAGGUUAUAUUGGCUUGUAACUCUGGCCCUGCCCUCAAUGAUGUCACCUACAGCGAAUCCCUGAUUGUUGCUGAACGGAUAGCAGCAAUGGAUCCAGUUAUUCAAUCUGCACUGAGAGAAGAGAAGCUGCUGUUGGUCCAGACGGGUUCAAGUUCUCCAUGUCUAGAUCUAAGCCGCCUGGAUAAAGGUCUGGCUGUGCUGGUCAGAGAACGGAAGACAGACUUGGUUAUCAUUGAAGGCAUGGGUCGUGCCAUCCACACCAACUACUACGCGGCUUUGAAGUGUGAGAGCCUCAAGCUUGCUGUUAUCAAAAACUCCUGGCUUGCUGAUCGCCUUGGAGGGAAAAUAUUCAGUGUCAUUUUCAAGUAUGAAGUGCCAUGUAAAUGAUACAGAUCUGGCCUACUGGGUGAACAGGAGCAGCGGAAUGGACUUGCACUAGUUUUACUUUAACUGUAAAGAAUGUAUUUUUAUUACAACAGGGAAAAGAGGUCACAGGAUAUUCCAUAUUUAUAUUGUGCUUUUGUGACUUAAAAAGCAACAAUAUGAUUCACUCUAUAGUAUACACACUCAAAUAUAUAUAUGUAUAUCACUCAUUGUU